AAGAUUUGGAAGCAUUCCAAGGGCGGCCAAACAUAUCGAUAUGAUUUGACAGUCUGUUGCUCAUCUCGACGAAUCCUUCAACUCUAUGGUGCAAGAGUGCUUUCCUGAACACAACGCGUGCUCUCGACGGCCCGGCGGCGGCGGCGACGGCUGGUGCGGGCGAGGAGAAGAUCAUGCUCUGUACCUAUAAAACAGAGGGUUGGAAGAUGGUCAUCGACACUACGCUGAGGCCCUUCAUCGAAGAUGAAGUCAAACAUGCGUCUCCUGUACAUUCUGUCCAGUGCUCUGCUGUUUUUCUCGGGAGCCUUGGCUGUCUCGGUGACUGAAGGUUCUACUGCGUUCACCUUCGCCAACAACUGGCUGUCGUUCAACGUGCUUAAAAAGAACGGCUAUAUCCAAGCACUUACGUAUGACAACGUCUCAACGCUGGGGACAGUUUCGGGGAAUGCCGGUCAAGUGUACACUGAUUUUCCAUCAGCCAUUUUUGCCCUGACGAGCACCACCACCCAUCAAAUCGUCAAUGGUAGCGACUGGGCGGGUAUCAUCCUCACCGACAACGACACGCUAGGAUCUAUUGUCCAACGGUCAUGGUUCAUCCGUGACAACGAACCGGGUCUCCACAGCUUUGUCAGACUCGCGUACUACAACCAAACCGUGUCGAAGGGCGAGCUAGGCGAGGUGCGGACGAUGUUCAGGCCCAACUCCGGCCCCUGGUCACAUAUCAUCACGAACAACGAACAAUGGGCACCGCUGCCCGCCGCUGCGGCCGUCGCGAACGAGGUGGUGGCCCAGGACGCAACUUGGUACCUCGGCAAUACGCCAGAUGAUCCCUACGUCGUCGAGGAAUCAGACUACUUCACGAAGUAUACCUUCGCGGACAACCAAACCAACAAAGCCCACGGACUUUAUGGAGCAAAGCCUGACGGAACGCCCCUCGGUGCUUGGUGGGUCGUCAACCAGAAGGAUACCUUCUUUGGUGGUCCGACUCAUAUUGACCUGAUGGUGGAUGGAAUCAUCUACAACAAACAAUCCACCACUCACGGAGGUGCAACCAACCCGAACAUAAGCUACGGGUUCGAUCGUACAUUCGGACCUCAGUUCCUGUACUUCAACCAGGGCAAGAACAAGACACUAUUCGAUCUGCUCGCGGAUGCGGAAUCGCUGGCAGCUCCAUCUUGGAAUGCGAAUUUCUACGACGAAAUCGCCCCCUACGUUAUAGGCUACGUGCCCUCGUCCGGACGGGGUACGUUCUCGGCCAAGGUUACUCUUCCGAAGGGAGCUACGAAGCCACUCGCGGUGUUGAGCGCGAACGGCGUCCAUUUCCAAGAUAGCGCUCAGGUUCCGUCAGCGUAUCAGUAUUGGGCGGAGAUCGUGAACGGACAGGUGUCAAUUCCUCGAGUGAAGGCUGGAACGUACCGCUUGACUGUGUUCGCCAAUGGUAUAUUCGGCGACUACAUUCAAGAUAACGUUGUCGUUCACGCAAGGAAAACCACUAUAUUAUCGAACGUCGUAUGGAAAGCAGAGUCCGCGGGAAAGGAAUUGUGGCGCAUCGGCAUUCCUGACAAGACCUCGGGCGAAUUCCGCAACGGCUGGGAGCGCGACCUCACCCAUCCAAACCACCCUUCCAAAUAUCGCAUCUACUGGGGUGCAUGGGACUUUGGCACGCAGUUCCCCAAUGGAGUCAACUACACUAUUGGAAAGAGCCACGAUGGCGUUGAUUGGAACUAUAUCCAUUGGUCUGUUUUCGGGCCAAGCUAUACUCGCAACAAUUCCAUCACCAGCUCCAAUAACUGGACUAUCAACUUUGAGUUGGAUUCGAUACCGAAGUCUAGCUCGCUCGCUACUUUCACUAUCCAACUUGCGGGUGCGAAGACUACGUCGGGGAACACGGACGUUGCCUCGGGCUCGAACCCCAACUUCAACAUUUCCACGUAUGUCAACUCUCAGAGCAACCCGCUCAACUGGGAGAUCCAGUGGUUCGAGAGCAGUAGUUGCGGCGAGCGUUCCGGUGGGUUCCAUCGCACUGUGUAA